AUGACUCGUAGUCUGAUUAUGAGCGAGGAGGAGGGAGGCGGGAGCGGCAGCAAUAACAUAAACAGCAAAAGAAGAACCGGAAGAAGAAGAAGCAGAAGAAGAAGAGGAAGAAGGAGAAAUGCGGUUGAAGAUCAUGAGAAACUGCCGAGGGUUGAAGGAAAGGCGGAAAUCAGCUGCUGUUCCAAUUGCGGCUUCCAGAGCAAACGUGCAUUCAACGUCGUCAGACAUUAUCGACGAAUCCACGAUCCUGCUAAGAGGCAAAUCACGUGCUGCGGUCGGACAAUUUUGUCGAAGGGCGACUACUAUCAACACUGCGCUGACAAUCACCCGGAAACGCGGCGAUCUUCGAUCGUAUCGAGAACAAAAUACAAGAUAAUGAAAAGAGAAUAUGAAUACGAAUACGAGGAAAACAAGCCGGCCCUGCGGGAAAGGAAAAGCGGAGAAAAGGGAGUAAAAAAGGUGGAGAAAAUCGAGUCGAGAGAAAAUUUUCUACAACCUAAGGAUGAAAAUUGUGUGACAAUAUUCAUCGAAGGUGAUCCUUCGUCGCCUAUUCACGCAAAAAUCCUUGCAGAAUUUCUGGACAAUAUCGAUUUCGAAAGUCUCAAGCUGCCCUGA